AUUUUCCCGAACCCUAAAAGUCUUUUCCUCCUCUCUCGCUCCCGACGCCGCGAUUUCUUCUUCUCGCGGCGGAAACGAAGAAGCAGGUCUAGGUCUUCACUCCGGCGGUCGGCGAGGGACUCUUUCCGAAAGAGCUUCACGGAAUCGGGAUCACCUCGGCAAGGAGCGCCGUGAGCACGAGGGAGAAGCUGAGAUCUCCAUCGCUCCGGAACCCUAGAGUCUUUCUCUUUCUAGGUUGUAAGUCCAAGAAAACGAAGUAGAAUAUGCCUCAUCCCUGGCUCGUGUUACAAGUGGAUUUGUUGGGCCUCAUUCUACACAAUUCACAAGCAUUACAUUUGCCAUUGGGCUCAUCUUGGUUUUGCACCAUCAGGAACAUGUCUGGAUAUGAGAACAUUGUUGGUGGGAAGCUUAAACUGAAAGGAAAAGCAUUGGACGUGAAGGGAGGUGGCGUGAAAAAGAAGAAGAAGAAGCAUAACUAUGAAAUAGAUUCCAAGACUGAAAACCAGGAACUUACAGAAGGUGGGAGUUCUGGAUUAUCAACUGAUCCAACUGAAGUCCUCACUGAAGCCGAGAAGGUUGGGUCUGAAGGACAAGCCCCAUCAGUCGAUGAUCACUUGACUCCAGCAGAAAGGCGAUAUAUUGAACAGAGGGAGAGGAUUAAUGCGAUAAAGCUGGCGAAGACAUCAAACAAGUCUCACCGUGAUCGCAUCCAGGAUUUCAAUCAGUAUCUGGCAAAUCUCAGUGAGCAUUAUGACAUUCCAAAGGUGGGUCCGGGUUAACUAUAUGGUACUACCUUGAACGAACUACUGAUUGCGCAUGGUUAUUGGGAAUAUAAGUACCGUAAUAUAAUAUCACAAUCUGCAUGCAGAUCAUGUUACAAUUGUUUCAGUAUGAUCUGUAAUACAUAACUUGUGAUUUGCACCUCCAGUUUCAAUCAUCUAAUGCUGCUGUUCUGAAACAUAAUGUACUGUGUUUACCGGAAUAGUGGUAGUGAUCAUCUGAACGGAGCAUUAGUUAGAUAUCUUUAUUGCAAGGUUAAACAUUUCUAGUUUUAUCGUAUGAGGACAGGAACUAAUGCCAUCAGAUUCAGUGUGAUGCUGCAUGUUUUGGAAAUACUGGAGUUAGUAAGUUGUGAUGAUAUUUGCUGCUGUGAGAUACCCUUUUUAUUGAUCAUCUUUCUUGGUGGAUGGACCCAUUCUUAA